AGGGAGAGGGGGCUGCUAUAGGAAAGGAGGGAUGGGGAGAGUGGAGGGGAGGCAGCAAGAUCCAGGGAUGAGGGCAUGAAAAGGGCACCAGGAGGAUCCUUUGCACCAGCCAGGGGCUCUGCAAUGAAUGGUCUCCAGCAAGAAGGGCACUUUUGAGAUAGGAUGAUGCUCCUUAUUGAUGGUCGGUAGUACUAUGAUUUGGUAUGUGGCCACUUUGAUAGCAAGUGUAAUCACCACCAGAGGACUUGCAGCUCAAGGUGCCCACGGCUCAAGGGAGGAACCCGAGUUUGUGACAGCUCGUGCUGGCGAGAGCGUGAUCCUGGGAUGCGACGUGAUCCAUCCGCUGACCGGGCAGCCCCCUCCCUAUGUGGUGGAGUGGUUCAAAUUCGGAGUCCCCAUUCCCAUCUUCAUCAAGUUUGGGUUUUACCCUCCCCAUGUGGACCCAGAGUAUGCAGGCCGUGCCAGCCUUCAUGACAAGGCAUCCCUGCGCAUUGAGCAGAUUCGCUCCGAGGACCAGGGCUGGUACGAGUGCAAAGUGCUUAUGCUGGAUCAGCAGUACGACACCUUCCACAACGGCAGCUGGGUGCACCUGACAGUCAAUGCUCCCCCCACCUUCACGGAAACACCCCCUCAGUACGUAGAAGCGAAGGAGGGCAGCAGCGUCACCCUGACCUGCAUGGCUUUCGGGAACCCCAAACCUAUUGUCACCUGGCUGAGAGAAGGGAACCUCUUAGGUGCCAGUGAGAAAUACCAGGUGAGCGAUGGGAGUUUGACUGUCAUGUCGGUCAGUCGGGAAGACAGAGGCGCAUACACUUGCCGGGCUUACAGCAUCCAAGGGGAGGCUAUGCACACCACUCGCCUGCUUGUACAAGGACCCCCCUUCAUCGUUUCCCCUCCAGAGAACAUCACCGUCAACAUCUCCCAGGAUGCCCUGUUCACCUGCCAGGCCGAGGCUUAUCCGGGGAACAUGACCUACACCUGGUACUGGGAGGAGGAGAACGUCUACUUCAAGAAUGACCUGAAACUGAGGGUCCGGAUCCUGAUUGAUGGGACGCUGAUCAUCUUCCGUGUCAAAUCAGACGAUACUGGGAAAUACACUUGCAUUCCUAGCAACAGCCUUGGCCGCUCACCGUCAGCCUCUGCCUACCUGACAGUGCAGUAUCCCGCCCGUGUGGUGAACAUGCCACCCAUCCUAUAUGUUCCCAUUGGGAUACAUGGCUACAUCCGCUGUCCGGUGGAGGCAGAACCACCAGUCAUCUUCGUCAAGUGGAAUAAAGAUGGACGCCCCCUGCGAUUCGAAAAGUAUUCUGGCUGGAACCUGCUGGAAGACGGGUCAAUCCGAAUAGAGGAGGUAACAGAGGAAGCUCUCGGCACUUAUACCUGUGUGCCUUAUAAUGCCCUGGGUACGAUGGGCCAGUCCCCCCCUGCCCGACUGGUACUGAAGGACCCACCCUAUUUCACGGUGCUACCAGGCUGGGAGUACAGACAAGAGGCAGGGAGGGAGCUGUUGAUCCCUUGUGCUGCUGCAGGAGACCCCUUUCCUGUCAUCGCUUGGAGAAAGGUAGGGAAGCCCAGUAGAAGCAAGCACAACACCCUUCCAGGUGGCAGCCUGCAGUUCCGAUCCCUCAGCAAGGAUGACCAUGGGGAGUGGGAGUGCAUCGCUACCAACGUAGUCACAAGCAUUACUGCCAGCACUCACCUUACAGUCAUAGGCACAAGCCCUCAUGCCCCGGGCAGUGUGCAUGUCAUGGUCUCCAUGACCUCUGCCAACGUCUCCUGGGAGCCUGGCUAUGAUGGUGGAUACGAGCAGACAUUCUCAGUUUGGUACGGCCCUCUGAUGAAGAGAGCACAGUUUGGACCCCAUGACUGGCUGUCUCUUCCGGUACCAACUGGUCCUAGUUGGUUGCUGGUGGACACCCUGGAACCAGAGACCGCCUACCAGUUCAGUGUCUUGGCUCAGAACAAACUGGGUACGAGCGCCUUCAGUGAGGUGGUCACUGUGAACACGCUAGCAUUCCCUGUAACAACUCCAGAGCCACUGGUGCUGGUUACCCCACCGAGGUGCCUAACAGCCAAUCGGACACAGCAAGGAGUCCUGUUGUCGUGGCUUCCUCCAGCCAAUCACAGCUUUCCAAUUGACCAUUACAUCAUGGAGUUCCGCGUAGCGGAGAGGUGGGAGAUAUUGGACGAUGCCAUCUUGGGGAGUGACAAUGACUUUUUUGCCAAGGAUUUGUCUCAGGACACCUGGUAUGAGUUCCGAGUUCUGGCUGUCAUGCAGGACCUCAUCAGUGAGCCUAGUAACAUUGCAGGUGUCUCCAGUACAGACAUAUUCCCCCCACCUGACUUGACAGAGGAUGGUUUGGCCCGACCUGUGCUGGCGGGCAUUGUUGCCACAAUCUGCUUUCUGGCUGCUGCCAUCCUCUUCAGCACACUAACUGCCUGCUUUGUCAACAAACAACGCAAACGCAAGCUCAAGCGCAAGAAAGACCCUCCUCUCUCGAUAACCCACUGCAGGAAGAGUCUGGAGUCUCCGUUGUCUUCCGGUAAAGUGAGUCCCGAGAGCAUCCGCACACUCCGUCCCCCCUCGGAGUCCUCUGAUGACCAAGGCCAGCAGGGCAAGCGUAUGCUGAGCCCCAGCAAGGAGAAGGAGUUGUCCCUUUACAAGAAGACCAAGAGGGCCAUUAGCAGCAAGAAGUACAGUGUCUCCAAGGCUGAGGCUGAAGCCGAGGCUACUACCCCCAUUGAGCUCAUCAGCCGUGGGCCUGAUGGCCGCUUUGUCAUGGACCCCUCAGAGAUGGAGCCCUCGCUCAAGACCCGCCGGAUAGAGGGCUUUCCCUUUGUGGAGGAGACAGACAUGUACCCUGAGUUUCGCCAGUCAGACGAAGAGAAUGACGACCCCAUUGUGCCCUCAUCUGUGGCAGCCCUCAAAUCUCAGCUGACCCCUCUCUCUUCCAGCCAGGAAUCUUACCUUCAGCCACCAGCGUACAGCCCCAGAUUCCACAGGGGCUUGGAGGGCACAGGUGCUCUGGAGAGCCACCUGCAGGCCACUGGUCAGGCCAGACCGCCAGCCCCGAGGCCUUUCCACCACAGCCAAUUUUACGGUUACCUCAGCAGCAGCAGUCCUGGGGAGAUGGACCCUCCGCCCUUCUACAUGCCAGAGGUCAGCCCUCUCAGCUCUGUCAUGUCCUCCCCUCCUCUGCACCCUGAGGGGCCCUUUGGACACCCCACCAUCCCUGAGGAGAAUGGAGAAAAUGCUUCCAACAGCACGUUGCCCCUGACUCAGACGCCAACAGGGGGCCGGUCUCCUGAGCCAUGGGGCAGGGCUGAGUUCCCUUUCAGCAGCCUGGAGGCCUCUCCCAUGAUAUUCCCUCAACAGCUCCACCAGUGCGAGGUGGCAGAGUGUGUGCAGCUGACGGCCUGUCUUCCUAGGGGCCUGCCCCCUUCCUCCCUCCAAGUCCCUGCAUCCUACCCUGGCAUUCUGCCCCUGGAGGCACCAAAGAGUUGGACUGGCAAGCCACCUGGCAGAAGCCAACCCUCUGUGCCCACCACUACCAAAUGGCAGGACAAACCUAUGCAACCUAUGGCGAGUCAAGGGCAGCUAAGACAUACCAGUCAAGGUAUGGGCAUACCCGUGUUGCCUUACCAUGAACCAUCCGAGUCAGUCAGCCACAGUGGCACAAGCACAUUUGGCCUGGACACCAGGUGGUAUGAGCCCCAACCCAGACCUCGGCCUAGCCCUCGGCAAGUCAGGAGGGCUGAGCCCAGUUUACAUCAGGUGGUGCUACAACCUUCGAGGCUUUCCCCUCUGACCCAAAGCCCCCUCAGCUCCCGCAACAGCUCCCCCGAGCUGACUGCACGUGCCAGACCGCGACCGGGUCUCAUCCAGCAAGCGGAGAUUUCGGAGAUCACCCUGCAGCCCCCCGCAGCAGUCAGCUUCUCCCGCAAGUCCACCCCGUCGAUCGGCUCCCCGGCUCAAAGCAGCAGGGGAGAAAGCCCCAGCUACCGACCUGCCAUGGCCUUCACCUCUUUGGCCACUGGCUACCCCUCCUCUCAGUGCCCCUCCCUUCCCGGGGACAGUAUGGAUGUUUUUGGACAAAUUCCCUCUCCGAGGAGGGCUGGGGAGGAGAUUCUCAGACCUGAGCCUACACAGACAACAUUAUCCACUUCGGGAGAACGUCCAUCUCCAUCCGGGAACGCUGCUGCACCUGAGAGGCUCGAAGCUCUGAAAUACCAGCGGAUAAAGAAGCCCAAAAAGUCAUCCAAGGGCUCCUCAAAAUCCAGAAAACAAUCCAAUGGUUCUGCCUCCCAGGUUCAGCAACUUCCCAACUCUCAGGUACUGUGGCCUGACGAAGCGGUCUCCCUCCGCAAGAAAAAGAGACACUCUCGUCAGGAUCCCUUCGCUCGCCUCUCUGCGUUGAAGGAUGACCUUUGCCACCGGCAGCUCCCUGAGGACCAGACAGCUAUUCUCAACAGCGUGGACCACGAUGAUUCUGGCGGGCAUGCCACCUUACUUUAGCAUAGCGCCAGCCAGAGAAGGUUCAAAGAGAGGGGGGAGGAGGGAGAGGAGAUCUCAUGAGCUACAGACACAUGUGGGGAGAGAUGGGGUGUGAGCUUCAGCCUGGGUUCUCAUACCAACAAACUGAAUGUUUGGUAUCACAUCCAGGGAACCUAACAUCCAGUCUUUGGCCACUGGGAGAGGCUCUCCCCUUCAUAGGACACCUUCCAUUUAGUGCAGACCGUGGGGGUGGCAGGGAGGAAUAUCCCAGAUUAGAGAUGGAGGGGAAAAUACCCUCGCCUCACCCUCCCCUGCCAUUUGGAACAGGAAAAGGUGAGGUUGGGGUUUGCAGGGCUCAGAGUGAGAAGGAUUCAAACUCAGUGUUGUCAUAAGAAUCUAUUGUCCCUCGAAUCCCCCCCUCUCUGCUAUGGCUUCAGUUUUAUGAGUGCUAGAAGAGGGAUGAGAUUUUACAUCCUGGUUUCCAAAAGUAUGUAUAGAUUAAAAAAAAAUGUGCAGAUUACAAUGUAUAUUUAUACAGUGUGUAUUUAGGUAGGAACAUGGAAGUAAGCAAAUGGCCUGAAUUCACAGGAAUCAUUUGGAUUCCACAGAAAACAAAUAAGUGACACAGAACAAUCCAGAUUGGAACUGAUGACCCAGUUAAUCUGAUAAUUUUGUAAUGCAUUAUUCUAAAAUAAUCCCAAAAAACUUUACCAGUGCAAAAUCUCAUUGCCUCUCCACCUUUUUGCCUGAGGAUGAUGGGUAACAAAAACACAAAUGAUCUUUUACUUCUGUCCAGCCCCUGCCUCCCUCAAACUCCAAAAUAAGUAGAUGUGUGGAAUCGUGCAAGGUCCCGUACAUGCACACUCUCAAAACCUUGUUAAUUUAUGGUAACAUCUCUUUGCAGACCUGCAAAGAUCGGGGUGGAAGGUGGAAUUUAUAUCGAAGGAUCUUCCAUCUCAAACAAGACUUUGUCAACUUUGAGGAGGGGGGUUAGAUUGCCAAUUUAUUAUUAGUAAUGUUCUGUACUUCACUUUGUAAAAUUAAUGAAGUCUUAGAAUACAAGAUCUCACUAUAGGAGUGUUUGCAUUUUUUAACCUUUGCUGCAAAGUGAGGAGAGAGAACAGGUUUCUUUUUCCUGUGUAGAGUGUGAAUUGAAAUGGUUCAACUGGUGUACCCCCCCACAAAAAAGUGUGAACUUCAGUCUGCAUCUUCCAGUCCAUUGCCCCACUGAUUAAUGUAAACAGGGCAUACACAACAACGCCUGAGGGCGAGCUUUUGGAAGGUAACUUUUGGUCCCCGGAGGAAUAAUUGCUUCUAGCUGCAAGCAAUAGAAACAAAUUCUGUCACCUUGCAUCCAUUCUAAAUACGUCGCUGAUAUGUCCCCUCCCGUUUUCCACCUCCACCCCAGUUUUAGAAUGAAUGUGAUAGAUGCAUUGGGUUUUAACACUCCCAGGAUUCAGUCUGAGGAGUUACAGUCUCCUCCUUUUACCAAUGCCAUUCCAGUUCUUCACCAGAGUGUGUUUUCUACUCAGAUUAGUUUGACUGAUUCAUUUGUCCAUCAGUUUCUCUCUGGAUUGCAUUGGUCUAUAUACGAGGGGCAACUCUGGUGUAGUGAAUGGAAUGUGAGGCUAGGAGGCAGGAUCCCUGGGUUCUAUUCCUGGUUCUGCCACUGACUCAUGUGGCCUUGGGCAAGUCACUUAACCACUCUGUGCCUCAGGUUCCUCAACUGUAAAAUGGAGAUAAUGAUACUUAUGCUCCUUUGUAAAGCACCUAGAAGUCUACAGAUCAAAAGUGCUAUAUAAAUGUGAAGUAUUAUUAUAUUCCUAUAUUUUGGCACUUUCUAAGUGGCAAGAUCAAACAGUGCAUCCAGGUCUUCAUGUAUGUAUUCCCUUGUGCUGGAGUGCUAAGAUCGUAGCCUGCCUGGGAAUAAAACAAUUACACUUAAAGUAUUUCACAUGGGUGUUUUUGCUUUAAGUGAAUUCAGGAUGUAGAAGGUCUCAGGUGAAUCGUGGGAGGACCUAGGUACUUCUUUGCACAGAAUCUCCAAGGCACAGGAUUUUCACUUGUAUACUUCCCAAGGUUGAUUUUUUUCAAGUGGGAUGGCCACAACAUUUUCACCAGUCUUGCUAUGGUUAACACAUGCUUUGACUAUUAUUCUUGCUAAUGGUUGAACCUCAAAGGGCUCAGUGGUUUAGAGAAGCAUCCAAGAGUUUCAGAUGCUUUGUAAAAAUGAACAGUUUAGAUCAAGCAAUAUCAGUGAGUCAAGCUGUUUUGGUGAAAUUUAGAAAUAUCCCAAGACGAUUUGUUUUGUUACGGUUUUUGUUUCCAGUCUCCUCAGAUGUUCAGAAACAACAAUAAAAAUUACUGAACACUGUCAAACCUCAAAAUCCUGAUGAGGUUCAAACUACAUCAGAGAGAACUCUGUGAUAAACAGUGUUUUUUUCUCCAACUUAAAAAAUGCCAUCCAAAAUGAGACAAAUUUGCUCACAAGGGAGAGGAGGAUACUCUGAGUACAAUCCGAAUCUCGAGUGCAGAUUGGGGCAUUUUGACAUGUUUACAGUUGGUGGCUCUGGCUAGGUGAGAAACCAACUCUGCCUGUGGACUGAAUGGGUAUUUCUUUGGUUACUGUGUUUUUAAAGGGUUGCCCUAGACUUAACUAGGCCUGGAUUGGAUUUCAUGUCACUUCCACACAAGGUGUGAAAACUGAGCCCAUAUUAGUGCCGGAGAAAAAAACAAACUAAUUUCUAGCCCCAGUCCAACAGGACAGCUGUUUUUUAGAAAGACUUUGUCAGUGGGGAAGGAAGCAGUAGAUACUGCCUCAAAAUCUUCCAGGAACCUCGGCCUGCAAGGUUCCCAAUCUGUGGGUGUGUACCCACGUGUAUGUACCCACGUAUGCUAAUGUGUCAAGACUCUGGACGCCCUCCUGUUGGUGGCACUGCACAGAGGUAGGCUGUUAACUACUGCUUGCUAUGUAUGGGUGAAAUUGGUCCCUGUGCAGAGGUGUAGCACAAUAUCUACGCACCACUUAAGUCUCCUUGAAGCUCUAUUUUGAUGAGGUGCGUAGGCCUUCUCCUGACUCUCUGUACAGGGCAAACUUCACUUCGCUUGCAAAGACCCUUCUUUCUUUUGCAUGGACGGUUACAAAGCAAGGAGCAGGAUGUUGACUUUUUGAGCACUUUCUGGGUUAAUCGUGGUAGCUCUUCAUAUUAACAGGGCAGUAUCUUGGGUCUCUUGGGAUGACUGUCUCCAAGACCCUCUCACUGUCCUGACUUACGUAGCCCUAGAGGACUUAGGUGCAGAGAUGAUUGGCAGAAUACGCCAGCUUGCUUGGUCAGUCUUCUACAGGUCUGUUUCUUUUGCAGAUACUUUGAGCAGAGAGCCCCCUGCUUUCCAUGGUCUUCAACCAUUAGAGACCUGAAGCUUCUGCCCUCCAUCUCUUUCAGCUCUGUGAGCCAUAUAGGACCCUGGAAAGGGAAAUCCAACCAGUGAGCUUCGUGGAAGCAUCUCUGCUUUUUCAAACUAUUAGUUAACCUUUACAGCUGCCUCCUCCCAGUCUCUUUGACCUUAGCUACUAUUAUGGUUGAUAUUUGGGGAAGGGGGAGGUGCCGGGCAAGAAGGGAGAAAAUACUAGCUCCCUUCAACUAUAGCAAAUGUUGCCUAUGCUACAGCAAAUAUCCUCUCCUUUCAUUCUGGAAACUACUUUCACAACCAUCUGGCUUCGAUGGCCUACACGGGAGGGGGUCUCUUCACCUUGGCAGCCUGGGAUGGUUGAGCCAUGCCAAAGGAUGCCAGCCGUUCUCCCGUUUCCACCCCGUUGAAAACACUUUGCCUUGUUCUUGGUCCGCUGCAAACACCAGCUUUUUAAUUAACAUGGCAGAAAAAUUCCUGGGCCAAAUUCCUUUUCUGUAAACCUGUCCUAGUAAGAAAUUUUUGCUGUUUCAUCAGUAAAAUUAUGGCCAUCCCCCAUGGAAAUAGCACCUUUUUAUUGGCUUUCCUGGAAAUCCCAGGCAACAAAGUUUCUUGGGAACAGUGAGGCACCGCCGACAGCAGGAAUGUUUUUCAUCUGGCUCUACAGAGCACUCCUGCUUUGUCAAGAAUGUAAAUACUACAAGAUCAUAACAUCAAAUCCAUAUAUUUUUUUUGCACCUUUUGCGAAGUUUGGUUUUCCUGCUGUGUAGAAUUUUUCUGUGUAAGAAUGCUCCUCAUCACAAUCCUUCAGCUCCAUUUCCACAUA